AUGAACUACCAAGGAGGAAGUUCUGGGAACAGACAGCACUACAACAGCAGCAAUAGCUACCGAGGCUCAUCUUAUCGAGGCAAAUCCCAUCGUGGUGGGCGUGGCGGCUACAGCUCAACUCGGUAUAAUAACACACAAGCAUAUGAAGAGAACGCAGGCCGAUUUCCAAGCCCAACCAGCCAAUAUCGAGGAAACUACCGAGGUGAACACUACACUCCUCAGCGAGGAGGCUACCAAAGUGGGAGUAGAGGAAGCUACAGUGAGAGCUUUCCUCGAUACGGCGAUAAAAGGCAUAGCUCAGCCGGUUAUGACAGCAGGCCUUCACUGUCACAAGCUGAGCGGCCUCAAGAAUUCUCGGCCGCGCCCUCUCCGCCCAUCGAGAGUCCACAAACGCCGCUAUCCAGAAUAUAUUCAACAGAUUCACCGUUUUAUCAUUUGACAGGGCUGGACGAGUUUACAGAUGAUGAGUUGGAGCGGUCAAGAAUACGCGCGCUUUUUAGAGAAGACGGUGACAUCGAUACGAAGCUUCAGGAACAGAAACUCCAGCUUUGUAAGAUUGAGCUAGAACUAGGUUUGCUGAGCACACAGUCGGAGAAAGACGCUUUAAAUGUGCGUUUGACACAGGAUAAUUUAGAUGCGCUUCUGCUGAUGCAGUGA